AGUGGCAGGUGUGUGUCUAGCCUCAGUUUCCUGCAGAGCUCCGUCAGAUCGUCUCGGUCCAGGAAGCCGGAGCUGGUUGAGUCACAGCUGUCGAACUCCAGCUUCAGCUGAGACACAUAGUCACUGUGCUCCAUCACACACACCUGAGGACACACACCUGAGGACACACAACACAUCACACAGCACCUUAAUGCACCAGGAGUAGAAGCCGCCCCCGGAGAGCUGUGAUUGGCGGAUAAACGUCACCUCCGCUGCAGGAAAUAAGAAGCUGAGGAAAAGCAGGAGAAAAUCAUAACAAUAUUAAUAAUCCAAAUAUUACCUGAGACGAAUCAAACUGUUCUCCCUGCAGCAGAGAUGGGGGGCUGGCUCUCCUCCUACGCCCCCUCAGUGGGGGGGGACAGCAGUGUUCAUGUGGUGGUGGUUGGUGGUGGGUUCGCAGGCAUCACGGCGGCUCGGCUGCUGCAGGAUGCAGGGGUGAGCUUCACGCUGCUGGACCUGAGAGAGGCCUUCCAUCACAAUGUGGGGGCGCUGCGGGCCUCCGUGCAGCCCGGCUUCGCUGUGCGGACGUUCAUCCCGUUCUCCAAGACGUUUGGAGACAGUUUCGUUCAGGGUCAAGUUCAGAGAGUCGACAGGGAGACGCAGACAGUCAUCCUGGAGGGGGGCCGGGAGUUCCAGUACUCUCACCUGAUCCUCUGCACUGGGAUGGUCGGACCGUUUCCGGGUCGGUUCCUCACCGAGGCGUCUCGUCAGAGCGGCGUGCGGGCGUACGAGGACCUGUUAGAGCAGGUACAGGCUGCAGACUCGGUGCUGGUUGUUGGAGGAGGCUCCACUGGAGUGGAGAUGGCUGCUGAGAUAAAGUCGCAGUAUCCCAAGAAGAGGGUGGUCCUGAUCCACUCCCGGGUCGAGCUGGCCGACCCCGGCCUGAUGCCCUCCGUCAGACAGCAGGCCAAGCAGGUUCUGCUGGAGAAGGGGGUGGAGCUGCUGCUGGGUCAGAAGGUGUCCAACCUGUCGGAGCUGCAGCUGAACGUGGUCUGCAAGAACUCCGAGGUGCAGACGGAUAAAGGCCAGACUCUGACCCCAGACCUGAUCAUCAGCUGCACCGGACUCAAAGUCAACUCUGACGCCUACGCCUCCGGCUUCUUCGGCUCUCUGGCGGACGGCGGCGCUCUGAAGGUGAACGCUCACCUGCAGGUGGAAGGAUUCUCCAACGUAUUCGCUUUGGGCGACUGCACCAACAUCAAGGAGCCCAAGACAGGCUACAACGCCAUGCUGCACGCCGCCGUCGCCGUUAGCAACAUCACCAACAGCCUGAGCGGGAAAGAGCUGACCCGGUAUCAAACAGGCAGCGUCACCAUGCUGCUGGCGAUGGGCCCUGACGACGGCGUGGGUCAGCUGAACGGAUGGAAGCUGCCGCGAUUCCUCGUUGCUUUUGGGAAGAGUCGAGAUCUGCUGGUGUGGAAGAGCUGGAGCGACAUGAAGCAGAAGCAACCCUGACACACACACACACACACACACACACACACUCCUGAUCUCAGGGGUGUAAAUAUAUCUUUAAAUUCAAAUAGGAGGUGCUCUGCUUUAGUUUAAUAGUAAACCUUUUGUGGGUAUGAAACCAUCUCUGAGAGACUGCUGCUGCUGCUGCUGUGCUGUUUAUAAGCUGCAGCUUUAUGGAGGUCAGCAGCAGGUGGAAAUGGUAACAGUAAUUGCACAGUGGAAAUAUUUUGGGGACAUUUCAACGACUCAUAUAAUCAAUUUCUGCAUUUUAUUUACAUUUUUGAAUGGAAGGCCUUUUUCCGCUCACCUGCGACAGCAUCACCGUCUGAACACUGUCCAAUCAGAAUCCCUCAAAUGUUUACUAUUAUAGUUUUACUUUGAAAUGGAUAUUUGUACAAUUACUUUGAUUUUACAUUUCUAUUAAAGGACCCUCCUGAAACACCUC